GCCGAUAGUUCUGCUUUUGGAAUAAGCUGCUGUAAAGGACAGACCAGAGAAGCUCUCUCCACACAGACACUUUGCUCUCUCUAAUGUGCAGUAACGAUGAGCCCUGCCUUCGGAGCCAUGGAAGUGGAGCACUACGCAAAGGGAGUUCUGCUCGAGCCUUUUUUACACCAGGUCGGGGGACAUUCUUGUGUCCUUCGCUUCAAUGACAAAACAAUAUGUAAGCCACUGAUUCAAAGGGAGCAUCUGUUCUAUGAAACACUCCCUGCAGAGAUCAGGAAGUUUACACCACAAUAUAAAGGUGUGGUGUCUGUCAGCUUUGAAGAAGACGAAGAUGGAAAUCUGUGUUUGAUAGCUUAUCCUUUAAAUGGGGACCAAGACAACCUGGAAAAUGUAGACUAUUCAGAAUGCAGUGAGCCUAAGAGUAAACUUUCCAGAUGGUCUCAUAAAAAAGCUCUCAUGUUAGAAAACGAUAACCUUACGAAGGAAAGACUUCGGCAGCACAGAAAAGAAGACAAAAUGAAAAGCCAUAAACUGGAUGAAGAAUUUGACUGGGUGAAAAACUCUGAAGUUUUAUAUUACAGCGUGGAGAAAAAAGGGAAUGUUAGUUCACAAUUCAAGCACAAUCCCUGGAGUAUGAAAUGCCACCAACAACAGCUGCAGCGCAUGAAGGAAAAUGCCAAACACAGGAACCAAUACAAAUUCAUUUUGUUGGAAAACUUGACCUGCCGACACCAAGUUCCAUGUGUCUUGGACUUAAAGAUGGGUACUCGACAGCACGGGGACGAUGCAACCGAGGAAAAGAAAGCCAAUCAAAUUAGAAAGUGUCAGCAGAGUACAUCUGCGAUCAUUGGCGUGCGAGUGUGUGGUAUGCAGGUCUACCAGACUGGAACAGGCCAACUUAUGUUUAUGAACAAGUAUCAUGGCAGGAAACUCUCGGUCCAAGGUUUUAAAGAAGCACUUUACCAGUUUUUUCACAAUGGCAAGAACCUACGGCGAGAACUUAUUGAACCUGUAAUAAAAAAACUGACAGAACUUAAAGUAGUUUUAGAGACAAAGGACUCCUAUCGCUUUUACUCCAGCUCACUUCUAAUUAUUUAUGAUGGAAAAGAAGCACAGGAAGUUCCAAUGGACUCAGACCCUGAAGAUUUAGAGGAUCUGUCCGAGGAGUCGUCGGAUGAAUCUGCAGGAGCCUACGCUUACAAACCAUCCAAGAAUAAGCCCUUAGCCAGCACUGUCGACGUCCGAAUGAUAGACUUUGCACACACCACUUGCAAGUUCUAUGGGGAAGACAGCAUCGUGCACGAAGGACAAGACACGGGUUACAUUUUCGGACUUCAGAACUUAAUAGCAAUUAUUAAAGAAAUAAGAGAUGAAAAUAUUGAAUAAAUAUUGGAUGCAAACAACAUUCGUAUGAAGCACUAUAUUGACUUUUUAUAUUCCAAUCUGAUGGCCACGUUUUUGUGGUAGAAAUCAUUACAGGAUCAGAUGGGUUUUUCCCCAUCAUAACGGCAAAUGAGGGCAUUUACUUACAGCUGUGCUGAAAAAUAUCACUGAUUUGUUUGUCUAUUUAUUUCAAAGGUUUCUAAAACAUUCCGAUCUGAUGAUUCAAAUACCUCCUGUUACACCAGCGUGUAUGUUCUAAUAUUCCUUUUCUUUUGUUUGUUUGUACGUGACGCAGCGCUCACACAUGGACAAUGUUCCGUGUAUGACCGAAAUAGCAAACCUUUUUGUUACAUUAAAGAGGCUCAAAUGUUGCCUGAAUGACAAUAUUUAUAACACAGUGUGCAGGAAUCAAUAUGAAAAAGCAUUAAUGGAAGCUAUGCUACAGAGGACAGCUCUAUGUGGCGUCGUAAUUCGCUACCUAUAUACAAAUUUCUUAUUUAUUUGGCCACAUGCCUUGUUACAAUAUCAGUGGAGCAUUAUAUAAUGGAUAUUGUGCCUUUUUGCCAGAACAAGAUCAUUAAUGCCAAAUUCUAGCAGUUUAUUACUAUUACCAGCGGUAAAAUGUCAAACAGGAACCAGGAAUUCACUUUAACUGUGAUCUAUUUCAUUUGCACUUUGGCUCCGUCGAAUAUCUUGUUUAAACGAAAUACUUCUAUUUUGUGAUAGAAUUCUGCAAUGGGAACAGUUAAAGAAACAAAUACCCAGUUUGUUGCUGUAGGAGAGGUCCCUGUUAUAGCCCAGCUGUGGCAUGGUUAGAGGAGAAAAAUGACAAACAUGGAAAAAAAGGUGAUUUUUUUUUUAUUAUAGAUCCAAAUCAGUUGUCAGAAAUCUUUUAAAUGUCACCAAUUAUUUGUUUUCCGAUCCUUUUGAUUUAAUUCACAUACUGUUUCAACAAUUGGCUGUUAAGAUAGGCCCGUGUUUUCUCAAAUUCCUGCAGUUGGCGGGAAUGAAGCAAUGUCAGUCCUAGAUGAUUCAAGUCCGUAGGUUGGAGGUUUAGCAGCAAUAUGUUGGGUCGCAUUCACAUUCAACUUCUGCAGGACGUAACACAGAGAAUUCUGCAGGAGAUACUUCAUCGCUUCUACUUCUUUAAUGCACACUUUCUGCAGUCCAUACCCGUGUUCGUUUAAUGAGCAAUGGAGAAAUUUGUGUUCUUAUAAUAGUAAAUAAAAUCUCUUCUAUGACUUAUAA